AUGUAUAUUGCUAUAUAUGUAUGGACAUACUAUGAGUUUUCCUGUUCAAAGUAUUUUGAUGCAGCAACCAAACCUCUCAGGCAGUGGGUGAGGGUCUUCUCGACAACCGCUAUAGCUCCGAAUCGGCAGCGAGACAAGUCACGUGUUGAAAACAGCUUGGGUCUGGCCGAGUUUGGGGACGCUUGGACUGAAUUUUACAGCACGAAUUCCGGGCUGCCGAUUGGAAGGGGCUAUGACCGCGUGGUAUACGGUGAUCAUGGUCCAUAUGUAGAGUUUUCGGCGCAUCAGCUUUGCUGGCCAACCUUCCCUGCCUUUAUGGAGAAGCCAGAGAUGAGCUUCUUUGAUGAGUACUACACAGCAGAUGGUGCAACCAUGCUGUAUGCACAGAAGCGGACCGUUGUUAACAAGCCGAACCCUCCCAACGGGCCUUGGUCUGCACAGAACAACAGACCUGAAGGCUACGCGAACUACCUAAUAGGGAAGUUCUAUCUGGCUUGUGAGCCGGACAUCAUCACAGUGAGCCGACCUAGCACCAAGCCCAGGCGGAAGAAGCGAGGGAAAGGAGCAGAAGCAAAUCCGUUCGAGGACGAGGGUGGUGACGAGGGUGGCGAGGGGGUUGAGCGGGUGGAGGGUGCGGAGGGCGUUGACGACGCACCUUGUUUCUCCGCCUCAGACACCUGGCCAGAAGAUGUUUGGUUCCAGAGUCGAGAUUGGCAUUGGCGAAAAGAGGACUGGGAGUGGCAAGCUUUGGGUCCAUGGACAGAGAACUGGUUCGGCGAUGUCCAAGCUGAUCAUGGGGCUUGGCCGUAUGCUCAAGUGGAUGCUCCGGUCGCCCACCCCGAUUCCCACCCCAAUGCCCACCCCGAAGCCCACCUGGACGCACACCCGGACGUCCACCCGGACGACCACCCGGACGCCGACACGUAG